GAGAGAGAGAGAAGAUGAAGCAAAGGAAGAGAGCGCAAAGAGAGCCGUCAGAAACCCUAACGCAGGAAUUAACAGUAGAGAUCGGCGACGACGGAGAAAGGAAAGGCUUUUACGCUUGCUAUCUAUUGGUUUCCCUCAGUCCUCGCCACAAAGGCCAUACUUACAUUGGAUUCACAGUGAACCCACGACGUCGUAUUAGGCAGCACAACGGCGAAAUCGGGUGCGGAGCGUGGCGAACCAAGAAGAGGCGUCCUUGGGAGAUGGUCUUGUGCAUCCAUGGCUUCCCUUCUAACGUUUCCGCUCUUCAGUUUGAGUGGGCAUGGCAGCACCCAAACGAAUCGUUGGCUGUGAGGAAAGCGGCCGCGAGUUUUAAGUCUUUAUCUGGAAUAGCCAAUAAGAUCAAACUGGCAUACACCAUGCUUACCUUACCUUCAUGGCAGAGCUUGAACAUCACUGUAAACUAUUUCUCAACAAAGUACACUCAGCACUCUGCUGGCUGCCUGAGUUUGCCGCAGCACAAGAAGGUCAAAAUUUGUCCCAUGGAUGAGCUUCCGUGCUAUGUCAAAGGGGAUGAGGGUUUGUUUGAAAAUGAGGGCGAAUGGGAUAAUGAAGAACGGGAUGAAGCUGGCAGCGGCAGUGAAAGUGCAGAAGAAACAUUGUCAAAUUCCAUGUUUGGAAACACGGAAGAACAUGAUAAGAACGGCCUUGGUAAACUAUAUGGCUGGAUAACUGAAGGAGAAGAUUGUAGAGAACAAUCUACUUUUGCAGAGUUACCUGCAAGACCAUCUUUAAAUGUGAGUAGUAGUGGUUCACUUGCUGGAGAAUUUACUGAUGAUACUGGUAUCUCUGGGCUAUUUAAAGACGAAAGUUUUAAAUCGAAGCGACCAGCAAAGGAUCCAUCUAAAUCUCUAGUAACCAUAGACGAUGAUCAACCACCUAGCAGCCAUAUUGUGCCUAGUGAAGUAGAGAUUAUAGAUGUGACGACUCCAUCUCCUCUAUGCAGAAGUAGCUUGUGGGGGAACAAGGCCAACAAAAGAGCAAGGAAUAAAGAGCCCCACAAUGCGCCUGGUGAAGUAGAGGUGGUAGAUUUGACGACUCCAUCUCCUCUAUGCAGAA